CUGGUUUUCGUAGUUGUAGAUGUCGAUAGAUGUCGUUUACGUCCAUUACUAAUCUGUGGCUGAAGAAAUGUUGCAUGGUAUUUUAUAAAUUUAGUGUUCGUAAAAGAAUAUUCCCAUAGAAACUAAUUUGGAAGCUGCUAUUGGAACGUGGAGUUUUCGUAUACAACAUUCAGUUAUAAUGGGUGAUGCUCCAAGGGGAAGAAAUGCACUGAAUCGAUUUUUUGAUUCCCUAUCAAAUGCUGUUGAAUCUCCAAUAAUAUGGUUUAGAGAGAAAAUUGUUGUGCCAAAUCAAAAGGAUUAUGCAUGGUAUCAUCAAAGAUUUCGACGUGUGCCAACUAUUGAUGAGUGCUACACAGAUGAUCCAGUAUGCCAGCAUGAAGCCCAUCUGCAAUUUAAACGAGACAAGUUGGUAGAAAAUGAAAUUCUAAGUAUCUUGAGACGAAGAUUUGAGGAUUGUGUCCUGUAUGAAGCUCCAGAUCAUAAAGUGAAAUGCCAAGCAUUAUGGGAUCAGUAUAAUGAAGGUGCUGAAAAUUGGUUUACCAAGUAUGGUGAUCUAGGUGCUUAUGGAAGGGUGCAAGAUGCCUACAUGAAACAGAAACAUCGAAUGAUAUGGGAACGCCGCCAUGGUCCAGUAGGCACUGGAAUGAAAGAAGGUUUUGGUGUGGCAGAAGGCGACCACUGAAGUAACUUUUAAGUUGUCAAGUAGCCAAUGUUAAUUGUAUAGUGUUUUCAGUCUGAAAGUGAUAUCUGUAAAUAAUUUGAAAGAACUGGAGUAAUAUGAAAUUGAAGUGGACAUCAGCCUCAUUUUGUGAGACUGAGUUCCUUAUUGAGGGCAGUCCUGCAAUAGACUGUUUUUAACAUCUCUAGAAUAAUAUUUGUAGAUGUCUUUGUGUUGUAAUAAAAUUUUUCAAUAAAUACAACUUGCUCUUCCAAAUUCCUCUCUAAUUUUUGUUUUCAGUGUUUAACAUUCUGUUACAACUUAUGCCCAUACUACUGUGGCAUAUUUACGCUGUUAUGCCCCAAAUUUGCAAAUGUAAUAUGAGGGCAUAUACAGUAUGUUUUUGGAUUGUUAAAAAGAUUUUAUGCUGACACAAGGUCCGUGUUUGUGAAAUGCGGAAGGGCAAAGAGCCUGGCAAGAGAAUGUGAAGCUCAGCACAGCCGCGCUGACAACGCGGAAGCAAGCGCUCAUAAAGGUAAAACACUGGGAGAAUUAGAAAUGCUGAGUAGACAGAGGCUGGCAUAAUGGGAUUUGCCACCGUGAGAAGUAAUUAUCCAACGAGCAAUAUUUGUGUCGCACAACAAGUGGUGGCAGUAGUGGGAUUAGCCAAAGAGAGAUGGCUGACAUAGUAAUGUAGUAUUUUGUUUUAACCACCUGUCAUCACGGCACAACAUACGCCAUGCAAGAACUGUUGACCCACAGAAAUCUGUAAACACGAUUACACAACAAUACGGAAAGCAGUUUUUUCUCUGUGUCGUGCCAAACCCCACCAAGCUUGUUGCUAUGCAGUGCUGCGAUAAACACAUCUUGACAGCAGCUAAUCAACAUGUUGCUGGGCAAUGCCUCUGUAGAUGCGAUGAUUAGUCAACAGUGGAGCAAGACGUGUUUUCCGCGUCUGUUUGAGGGUUUAAUAGAAGAGACUGGGAUUCCCAGGAAGUUAGUGAGUCAGUCAGUUCUUGGUGCGAGACAGCCACACACUUAAACCCCAACCACUUGGUGCCCUAUUCAGUGGAGGCAUAUUUGGCCUCGGAAAGAAUCAGGUUUCACAUGAGCUGUUUCACGUCAUGCAUGGAAUAUAAAAUUUUCCUCAUGAAGUAUAUAACUGAGAUCACCAAGGACCAAUCACAGUUCUGAUUUAAUUCAGGCAUAACUGGAAACUACCCACUUAUAUACUGGAUGGAGAGAUAUUUAAAUAGCAUAAAAACUAGAUAUGCAUGUCAAGUUCUCCCCCACCCCCCACAAGAUAUGAUUUGCAGUCUCUAGUCACUCACAAAUUAAGCCAGGGGUCUCAGAAUCUGUGAUACUGUGACAUAAAAUAAUAUAAAAAUCUACAUGACCCUCUCAGUCUCUGAGUAACAGUAAAAACUGCACUGCUAUGCAUUAAUGCAGGUCCCUAUCAGACUGUAUGGUCACAUUAAUAACCUAAAUAGCUUGACAACCUCUCUACACCUACAAUAAGCUGGUGGAUCUUACUGUACAGCCACAAAACAUUCAUGGAAUGUUUGCCAGUUGCUGCUACAUUUCCUGAAAGCCCUAUACCUGUAUUAAAUCUUCCUGACUUCCACAGACUCUGCAUGGAUGCAACUGUAUUUUCAGCAAUUCUUGGUGACCAUCCUUACACUUUAAGAAACCAUUAACUGAGGCAUAAUGGCGUUAAAGUUACCAAUAUAUGAAAUAGUGUUCAACAGAACUGUUAUUUUAUAAAUGGCAAUAUGUAGUAUGUACAUAUAUGAACAGAUAAGCUAUCUUCACUCAAAUGACUGUGUUCAUUUAAAUGCGAUUAAAAUCGAAGCAGAAAAAAAAAGUCUUCUAUUUUCUUAUUCAGUGACCAAAAAAUAAUUUCUCUGCCCAAUAUGUAUGAGAAUGUUUCCUUUCUGAUUUUUGCUUAAGCAACAAAUUCCUUUAUUUUGGCACUGAAUUUUCAUAUUUAGCACGUACGCUCUUUAUAAACACCAAAACCAAGAAAAGGCAUCACAUCCAAGAACACCCCCCCCCCCUCCAACUACUGAAACUUUAUUCCUGGAACAUCAUACGUCUGCUUAACUCAUUUUGGCAGUGGAUAUGUCCUUAAACAGACACCUUUUCACAUUAAAUGCAAUGUAACAUUUCAACCAGAGCUGGGAACAGGACCAGAAAUUGUAUAAUUUUAAAUAUGGUACUACAAAAAGUAAAGAACAGAAGAAAACUGAAAAUAUUAUACAUAACGAUCUCUGGUUCCAAAUAAAAGGGGAAAGGUCUUAUUUAGGAACAUAUUGUAUUUUAGUUCACUAAUUCUAAAGAUAUCAGAGUGACAUAUUUAGCAUUCUCACCAAAAAUAUUUACUUGCAUAUAAAUAUCAGAAAGGCAGUUUUCUGUCUCUGUGAACAUAAUUAAUGGGAGACAGGUAACAACCCCUACCUCAUGACCACAAAAAGUGCCAGUAUUCAAAAUUAAAAUGUAUUAUAUAGGAUGUACAUCUGAAAAUUGUAGACAUUUAAAAUAACAAAGAGUUAAUUUGUGCCAGGCCAUAGCCUCAGUAUCUUUCUUUAUAACAGUGGUCAUUUGCUGAUGACUGUUAUAUAAAACAUGCAAAACAGUAUAUUAGUAUGUAAUAUUUUAACAUGGCAAAUUUCAGAGUUGCAUAAAUUUUAUCCUGCUUUUACACUUGUUCACUGUAGAAAUAAUAUGAACCUAGAUUAAACAGCACCUUCAACAAAACUAAGGGAUUACUUUCUUCUGUUCUAUAAUUAUCACAAAGGUUUCAAUUUGAAAAAUAAAAAUUUUUGGACACCAAGUGUAUUUACUCUUUAAAGCCUACAUUUAUGCAAGGAACCAGGUUCAUUAAACUGAUCAAAAGUGUGACCGAGAUACUUAAGUUCAAUCACUUGGAAGGAAAUUUUUACACCUGACAAUAGUUAUGUUCCUUUAAGAUUCAGUUUUUCGAUUCAAACUCUUAUGCACUCUAAACAACUUGAAGAAAGGUGAAAGGUGUAUAACCAUUUCUCUCCUCUUACUCCUUGCAUACCACAGCCAAUCGAUACGCUGUGUAUCGAUUAAGGCGCACACAUCUAUAUUCACUAUAGAUGUCAUUUUAAAACCAUUUAAAAUACUCCCUUAUUCUUUAAAAGGAAAUAUACCUCAACUCUUUAUACAUGUAAUUAGCAGUUUUUACACGAUGGCAAGAUGGUAUAUUUGUUUUUAAGACUUGCUGCAACUAAACACAUAACAAUCUCUUGUAGUGUCCUCAGUACAUGAUCAAACUCAGUACCUCACUUGAGGGCCAAGAUAACUUGAGUUAUGCACUUGAGGACUUCGCCUUAAUCUGAGAAGUACCCUCUACCUUUCACCUUUCCUCUAUCUCAACAACAAAACAAACCAGUCACAAAUGAUCCCUGGUAUCUUUGUCUAUUUUACUGUCCUUCCCUGCAACUUACUGACAAUCAACUAUAUGACUGGUUCAUAUAACUUAACAACUAUUACAUGCACCUUAGGUUAAGAUACCAAGUUGUAUAUAAAGACAUAUCCCUGUUUGAUAAAAUAUUAAAUGUCAAUUAUACAUGACUUGGAAUUAUAAAACCAUCCUCACCUCUUACAAUUAUAAUCAAAAUUAUUAAACAAUCACAUGCAUCAACAUCAUACAGACAUGAGAACAAAUUAAAUACUUUCAAGUUAAGUUGCAUAUUGGUAUAUGUACUCAACCAGCUAUGUACACCAGUUUCUAAACUGGAUAUGCUUUCAUUCUUGAGAAGAACCUGCCAAGAAAACCAGUUCAUGCAGUGAACAUCAAAUUACCAUAAAUGUACAUUCUGAAGAAAAUGUUUACAUGUGUCAUUUAAAGGAAAUGCACUGUAUACCAGCACUUGGCUUAAAUUGUAAAGAUUUGUGUAAUGUGAAGCCAUGAUUAAAACAACAUUUUUUCUCAAUAUAAACAGAAUCUUCACAUACAUCUUGGUGCCCAACCCUGCAGCAUUCAGAACUAAUUUUUUAAACUAGAAAUAACUUUUUAUAAUUUUCUCAUUCUCUCAAACAUAAAAACUUGAUUCAUAUCAAAACUGCUGAUGCAUACUGACUGUUCAACUAAAAUUGCAAAACUACAAUGAAGCUUGAAAGUUAUGAUUCUCUUUUAGCUACUUUUCUCAAUUGUAAAUAUCAGAAAGUAAAUAUACAUGCAUGAAGUUCCACAUUUCAUCAUUUAUAAA